UCAUACAAUCUGCUGCGGGAUCUGAAAGAUUACAGGGAUAGAGCCAGGAAUUGUAGAGUGCAGUAGCAAGAAAUCCGCUCGCCCCAUCGGGUGGUCAGGUAGGUCGAACGGUGAAGGGGUGAGCAGGCUGCAGUAGACAGCUCCUGGUCGCCUGCAAGCGAGUGAACACAACUCCUUGCUCAGCCUCAUAUUGUCUCGUUUUUCGGCGUGCUUACCUGCCGGCAGGCUCUUUGGACAUCGCUUGGAACUGAUCGUUCAAUUCACACGCCUGGCGUAUGGUAUGUACGCUGCAGCGGCCUCCGCUCUUGGAAGUGGAAUUACACUGCCGAUAGGCCUUAUACAGCACCUCUGCACCAUGUUCAAUCCUUUGCACGGCCUGAGGGAAUGUGUGCUGCAUACCCUCCGGCAAUGUGUGGCCGAUGCUCUUUUGUAGCACGUCUGAAACACACAGACAUACGCAGCCAGAGGAAAGCGUUGCCACAUCUUAGGUUGCCAGCCGGUCGGCCAUGUGUUUGUGCCAUGUAUGCAUACCGAUCUCUUGCAU